AUGGAUGAAACUUUAAAGAAAAUGGUUCCUGUUAAACUCCUCAUACUGGGGGUUCAGAACACUGGAAAAACAGCCCUAUGUGUUCGCUUUAUAACAAAGCGUUUUAUAGGAGAAUACGACCAUAAAAAGGAGGUGACAUACAGAUGUAGCCGAACUGUGGACCAGGAAACUGUUGAUGUGGAGAUCUUAGAUUUGCCUUGUAAGAGCUCUGUGGCUUCUGUUGAGGCCUCCAUUCGCUGGGCUGACGGUUUCCUCCUGCUCUACUCCAUCACUCAGCGUUCCAGCUUCCUGGAGAUCCCUCGACUUAAGACGCUCAUUGACAAAACUAAACAAAGUCUAGCUUUUCCUACAGUGCUGGUAGCCAACAAGGCAGAUCUGGAAAUCGGCAGGAAGGUGACCACAGAGGAGGGACAGAGACUCGCUAAAGAUUUAGGAUGUGGUUUCAGAGAACUGUCUGUGGCUGAUGCAGCGUUAUCAGUGGAGGCGGCAGUUUUACAACUCAUCAGGCUGGUGUUGGAUCAGCAGCGCCCCCUGCCUGACAGGCGGUCCUACAUGCUGACAGUCCGCCAUGCUCUGACCAGGAAGCUGACGCGCUCAAAGACCAUGCAGUGGUGA